UUGUUUUUUGUUCUACAAUAUGCAUAUUGAGGGACAUAUAGGCAAAUAUAUUUGAACAUGCGAAUAAAAUAUAUACAUACAAAUUCGUCAUUUGAAACAUGUAAACGACGACACAUAUAUUAGCCGUUCCUUUAUAAGGUGGUGAAAAUUUUCUUGGUACCUUCUUAGAGUGUAGUUUGUUGAGUUCGCUUAUAAAUAGGGGAGGGCGCCUUUUUGACAUGGCACAAUUUAAUUUUCGAAUUUGCUCAUUUUUGAUGUUCCCUUUUAAAAAUUUACAUUUUAGCACAGCUAAAACUUGCGCCUUCUCUAUUUAUUAACGUUCUCUGCAUUAACAUUUCCUGUCGCUUCAUGUUUCAUUCGAAACUUUCACUUCAAAAAUUGUUCAUUUGUUGUGGUAGGGUUAAGCUUUUAGCCGAAUGAUAGAAACAAGAUUCCGCCAUCGUGACAUAAUGAUUUUAAGAACGUUUACAAAAAAAAAUAAAGGUACAACCUUGGGCUUAUUGUCACUCCCCAUCAUUCUUGGCCUUUACGGAUUAAUCAGCUGAUAACCGAGCAUGCGCUAUGCAAUCUGAAAUCACAGGGUGUCGCCAUAUAUGUUUGACAAACCAAAAUAUUAUAGUUUUUUAAAUGUUUUAUUCAAAAUCGUACGAUACGAAGAACUCAUAAUUUUUUAAGAAAAUGUGAUAUAUGAAAUUUUAUAUACAAGUUCAGCAUAUUUACGCAAAUACAUAUGAAUAUGGAUGUACAUAUAUACAAGGGCGUAAUACACGUGCAGAUAGUCAAAAAGAUUACGGUGGAGAAAUAACACCCUACAAAUGCAUAUGAGCUUUUAUGAAACAUUGAUAUUUACCAUAUGUAUCUGUAGUGUGCUCCAUGAGAUGAUACUUCUAGCGACGUGCUGUGUAAUAUAAAUAUAGGCGUUUUUUUGUGAAAAACAUAUGCACCAGCACAUAAAACGUGUAAAAAGGCAAAAUAUUUAGUGAAUUUCAAUUACUUGAUAUAAGAUUUCCAUUGCGAAAACUUCAUCGAACUGAAUAUCUACAAGAUCAAUUUAAGUAAAUGUGCAGAAAAAUAUUUUAGGAAUGAGAGGAAUACGAAAUGAUAUUACAAAGCUGGCGGCUAUUCGGAGUUUCAGUAAUAAUCAUUAUUUAUAUAUGCAGCGUGUUAUUAUUUUCAAUAAAUAGUUCACCUCGCUCAAAUCAGAAAAAUGAACGCAUCGAAAGAUUUGCUGAGUUCGCCAAUUUUCAUAACAGUCGUUUCCGUGGUUUCACAUCCAAAGCUAAUAUACGCUGGUGUAACGGCCUUAAGUAUCUCAAGACAGACCCACCUAAUUACAUGAUUACAACCGUUUCUGCUCAAAGCACUAACAAAGUUACAACUAGUGAAGAUACUAAAUAUAGUGCUGUAUAUCGAAUAACGGGUCUGACUGCUCUAGCAUCAUUUCCAGGCAGUGGCAACACCUGGCUUAGAUAUUUAUUGCAGCAAGCAACUGGGAUUUUAACGGGGAGUGUCUACAAAGAUUAUGGGUUGUUGAAGACUGGAUUUCCAGCAGAAAAUGUACGUAAUAACUCUGUAUUGUUAGUCAAAACUCACGAAUUCGGCCCUAAAGCAUGGGAACCAUUUACUAAGGCCAUUUUACUGGUACGUGACCCAGAGAAAGCGAUAUUGGCAGAAUUUAAUAGACAAAGCGGCGGUCAUAUUGGAUUUGCAUCUCCCGAUCGUUAUAAAAGAACUAAAGGAAAAUAUUGGCAGAAGUUCGUACUUAAGAACUUAAAAAUGUGGGAAGCGACUAAUUUAAGCUGGGCACGAGACUUCUCGGGCAACAUCAAGGUUGUAUUCUAUGAGGAGUUGGUUGGGAAUUUAGAAGUAACUUUAAGAGGAAUACUUAAUUUUUUAGAGUUUCCUAUUAAUGAGGAACUGUUCAGCUGUACUUUAAUGAGAAGAGAAGGGGUUUUCCGGAGAAAGAAGCGAUUUUUAAAUUUUGAUCCAUUUACUAUAUCGAUGCGUUCCAUAAUAAAACAAAAAAAGCUAGAAGUGUAUAAAUAUCUCGAAAAUCUCACAUAACUCUGUCAAUAAAAGGGCUUAACUAUUUAUGACUACACACACACAUAUAACCAACGAAUAUUAUACUGCUGAGCCUGUGCAAAUCGUAAUUAUUAUAUAGUGAAUAUUUAUAUACAUAAGAAUAAGCUGACAUCCAAAGUGCGAAGAAUUAACACUAAUAUUAAACACAAACACGACCUACCUAACAUUAAAUUCACUAGUGAGUUUUUAACUUAUUAUACAUGUAUAGUAUGCGUAUACAACGGAUUAUGUAUGUCAGUCGUACUAAUUUGUAUAUACAUACAUACAUACAAUCUUCUAAGCUUCACGCACAUUUAAACAUUCAAAUAUUUGUAAUGCGCUCCGCAAACCAUACACACAUAUGUAGAUAUGUAUACAUAUUAGCAAAUAUUUACUAGUUUCGUAAUUAUUAAAUAGAUAAUAACAAAUUGUGUCUAUUAAACUAUUGUAAUAUUGCUUUUAAUGUGCAUGUAACCAUCUUUAUAACUAAUCUAAACUAAUUUACACAUCUUAUUAGUUCAAAGGUAUGUUCAAUGUGUAAAUACCUAGAUAAUAUAAUAUAUGUAUUGUACUUACACGGAUUAAACUAUAAAGUGCGACAAUAAAUAAUCCAAUACCGAACGCUAAAAAA